AUGAAUAUAACGAGCGUAAACCAUCCACGGACGUCGAGAUACUCAAUGCCGGUUUAUUUUUUUCUACUGUUUCUCAUCAACGGAGGUCGAUUGCUGGGGGUUAACGGAGAAAAGAAGGACUUUUACAUCGUCUUCUUGAGCGAUCAAUUGGUUAACCAGGAAUUCAAAACCAGCACACACAUCGGGAUCCUCUCGGCAUUGAAAGGAAGCGAGUUCGAUGCAAAGGAGUCCCAUGUGUAUAGCUAUACGAAAAGCUUUAACGCAUUUGCAGCAAAGCUUACGGAAUCUGAAGCCAGAGAGUUGUCGGGUAUGGAUGGUGUGCAAUCUGUGAUCAUGAAUCAGUACCGCAAGUUACAUACAACACGAUCAUGGGAUUUUAUCGGGUUACCUCAAACGGCAAGAAGGAAGAGGUUCGAGAGCAACAUUAUAGUCGGUGUUAUGGACACAGGAAUAACCCCACAAUCAGACAGCUUUAACGAUGAAGGAUUCAGCCCGCCACCUGCAAAAUGGAAAGGAUCUUGUCGUCAUUUCGCUAACUUUUCCGGAUGCAAUAACAAACUUAUCGGUGCCAAAUACUUCAAGCUAGAUGGAACUCCCGACCCCAACGACAUACUAUCACCGAUGGACACCGACGGGCACGGCACCCACACGUCAUCGACCGCAGCCGGAAGCCUGGUCCCGGAUGCAGAACUAUUCGGUUUAGCCAAAGGCACAGCCCGUGGGGCUGUACCAUCGGCUAGAGUUGCAAUGUAUAAGGUCUGUUGGGCUAGCUCGGGUUGCUCCGACAUGGACUUGUUAGCGGGAUUUGAUGCCGCCAUUCAUGAUGGAGUCGACGUUAUAUCAAUCUCGAUAGGUGGCCUAACAGGUAGUUACACUAGGGAUACUAUAUCGGUGGCGUCGUUCCACGCCAUGAAUAACGGGAUUCUCACGGUGGCUUCAGCCGGGAACGACGGACCUCGCUUCAGCAGCAUUGCGAACCACGCACCAUGGCUUUUGACGGUGGCGGCUAGUGGAAUCGAUCGACGUUUCCAAAGCAAAGUUGUAUUGGGUAACGGGAACAUUGUGACGGGAAUCGGAAUAAAUGGUUUCGAACCAAAGCAGAAGUUUUACCCGAUCACGAGCGGAAACGACGUGGCCAUAAACACUGAAAGCAAAGAAAGUGCAGGGUUUUGUAUCGAAAACACGUUGGACCCGAGUAAAGUGAAGGGGAAGCUUGUUCAGUGCAAUCUAGGGACUUGGGGUUCCGAUUCGGUCAUCAAAAGACUAGGAGGGAUCGGGACUAUCAUCAAAAGCGAAAUGUUUCUAGACACCGCUCAAAUUUUCAUGGCACCGGCAACCAUGGUGAAUACCACGAUAGGCGAAAGCAUAAGCAAAUAUAUACACUCGACUAGAUCACCGUCUGCGGUGAUAUACAAGUCAGAGGAAGUGAAGGUUUCGGCUCCUUUCAUAGCGACGUUUUCAUCAAGGGGUCCAAAUCCGGGAACAAAACAUGUACUAAAGCCAGAUAUCGCGGCACCAGGAAUCGACAUCUUGGCAUCAUACACCCCUCUACAUACACUCACCGGGUUAAAAGGCGAUACACAAUUCUCAAAAUUCACCAUCAUGUCCGGAACUUCCAUGGCAUGUCCUCAUGUUGCGGGCACAGCUGCAUAUGUUAAAUCUUUCCAUCCAAAUUGGUCUCCUGCUGCAAUAAAAUCGGCUAUCAUGACUUCUGCAAGACCUAUGAGCACAAGGGUUAACCACGAAGCUGAGUUCGCGUAUGGUGCCGGUCAACUAAACCCAAGACGAGCUGUAAAUCCAGGGUUAAUCUACGAUAUGAACAACAUGUCCUACAUACAAUUUCUAUGCCAUGAGGGAUACGAUGGAUCUUCGAUCGCCUCUUUGAUUGGUUCCAAAUCAAAGAUCAAUUGCGCUUCAUUGCUUCCUCCGCUUGUGAGCGAAGACGCCAUUAACUACCCCAGUAUGCAACUUACGUUGAAGAGCAAUAAAGCGAUAUCUACCGGGAUUUUUCGAAGAACCGUGACUAACGUAGGCCAUGCUAAAUGUAUGUAUAAUGCCAUGAUUCGAGCACCUAAAGGAGUGAACAUAACAGUGGAACCAAUGACACUCUCAUUCUCGCAUACAUUGCAAAGGCGAAGCUUUAAAGUUACGGUGAGUGCAGAAUCUAAUGCUAGCAGAAAACUGUUGGUUUCGGGAUCGUUGAUUUGGAGAAGUUGUUGUCAUGUUGUCAGGAGUCCGAUUGUUGUUUUCAAUCCGGAUGAGCUCGGGAUGGAUAUAGAGUGAAUUAUAUUGGGUCGGUGUUCAUUUCUCGAUUGUUUCAUGUUCGUUAUGAGUAUGCCAAAAGCAGCAUAAACAACGCUAGUACUUGACUAAGAGUCCAGAGGUCGAGUCCCACCUUCAAAUUAUGAUAUAAUUCAUCCUUAAUUAGUACUCCC